AUGGCGAACGCCGAAGUGAGCGUCCCUGUGGGUGAUGUGGUGGUUGUACCAAGUGAUGGGAACGAAGGGGAGAACCCGGAGGAUACCAAAACCCAAGUGAUCUUGCAGCUCCAGCCGGUGCAGCAAGGGAUUUACCAAGAGGGCUCCGAGGCCAGCGCCGCCGUAGUGGCCGUGGAAACCCACACCAUCCACAAGCUAGAAGAAGGGAUUGACCCCAGCACCAUCGAAACCAACGAGGAGAUCGAGAUCGCCUAUCCCAUCACCUGCGGGGAGAGCAAAGCCAUCCUGCUCUGGAAGAAGUUUGUCUGUCCGGGAAUUAACGUCAAGUGUGUAAAGUUCAAUGACCAGCUGAUCAGCCCGAAGCAUUUUGUUCACCUGGCUGGGAAGUCUACCCUGAAGGACUGGAAGAGAGCCAUUCGCCUCGGAGGAAUCAUGCUGAGGAAGAUGAUGGACUCGGGGCAAAUCGACUUCUACCAGCACGACAAAGUUUGCACCAACACCUGUCGAAGCACCAAGUUCGACCUCCUGAUCAGCAGCGCCAGAGCCCCGGUGCCGGGGCAGCAGAGCGUGGUGCAGACCCCUACGUCGGCUGACGGGAGCAUCACCCAGAUCGCGCUGUCGGAGGAGAGCAUGGAGGAGGGGAUCGAGUGGAACUCAGCUCUGACGGCUGCCGUCACCAUGGCCACUGAGGAAGGCAUGAAAAAGGACACGGAUGAGAUCUCGGAGGACACGCUGAUGUUCUGGAAAGGAAUAGCUGAUGUGGGGCUGAUGGAAGAGGUUGUGUGCAACAUCCAGAAGGAGAUAGAAGAAGUCCUCAGAGGCGUCCAGCAGAGGUUGGGUCAGUCUCCCUUCCAGAUGACAGAUGCUGCAGUCCUGAACAACGUUGCUCACACAUUUGGCCUAAUGGACACAGUCAAGAAGGUUCUGGACAACAGGAAAAACCAGACAGAGCAAGGAGAGGAACAGUUUCUUUACACACUGGCAGACCUGGAGAGGCAGCUGGAAGAGCAGAAGAAACUCGCCAAGGAUCAGAAAGCCAAGUCCCAAACCAUCCAGAACGUGGUGCUGAUGCCUGUCAGUGCUCCCAAGCCCCCCAAGAGACCCCGUUUGCAGCGCCCAGCCUCCGCCACCGUCCUCAGCCCCUCCACCCCCAUCCAGCAGCCUCAGUUCACCGUCAUCUCGCCCAUCGCUAUUGCGCCCGUCGGACAGCAGUUCUCCGUGGGCAACAUCCCAGUGGCAACUAUUAGCCAAGGUUCCAGCCCGGUGACUGUU